AUGGAAAAUUGGAUAAAUUGCCUUUUGGAAGAAGAGCACACGAAAUGCCAUAUAAAAUAUGUAAAUUUUCUUAGAAAUUUCAAAAAUAAUGUAGAAAUUUUUUUUGCUGGUCAAUUAUCAGAGGCUAUUGAAAUAUUAUCAAAUGAAAAAUUUAGAGAAUUAUUCAAUGGUUUGGAAAAUGGAAUUAAUAAAUUUUCGUUUUACAAUUUUAAAAAGAGAUUAGAAUUAAUAUUUGCAAAGGAUUUAGAAAAUGACAUUAAUUGUGGAAUUGGCGGAAUUGGCAAUACUUUUGGUUUAAAAGAAAUAUUAUUGUGUAAUAAAGAAUUUGAUGAUGAAUUUGAGGAGGUCGAGGGACUUUUUAACAAAUUAGACCUGAAAACUCAUACAAACAUGUCACUAUCUCUUGAACAAUCAAAACUUCGAUUAGCUUCAAGUUUGAUGGAGGGUCUUGAAAAAAUACGGGCUCAAGAAAAGAGCAAUAUAAUGCCCAAUUGUCCCAUUGCAAGCUAUUCAGCCACCACAAUUUGGAAAGAGGAAGAGGCCCGGGCGGAGGAAUUUAGUAGGCUUUUCGAAAGAGGAGAGGAAUGGUGGAGAUGA